CUGGGUGGGGCCUCAGGGAAUGUGCCUGCCCUUCCCGGCUUGAGGAAGAGAAGGGUUUUGUGGCACCUGUCUGCCCGCGUGGACCUCAUGCCCCAGGCAGCUGGGCGCCGGGGACGGCGUGCUCCUGGACACCGCCAGCCUCAAGAUGAGCGACCUGGACUCGGAGGUGCUGCCCUUGCCGCCGCGGUACCGCUUCCGGGACCUGCUGCUGGGCGACCAGUCCUUCCAGACCGACGACAGGGUCCAGGUGGAGUUCUACGUCAAUGAGAACACCUUCAAGGAGCGGCUCAAGCUGUUUUUCAUCAAAAACCAAAGAUCCAGCCUGAGGAUCCGGCUGUUCAACUUCUCCCUGAAGCUGCUCACCUGCCUGCUGUACAUUGUCCGGGUCCUGCUGGACGACCCGGCCCUGGGGAUCGGAUGCUGGGGCUGCCCGAAGCAGAAUUACACCUUCAAUGAAUCAUCCUCCGAGAUCAAUUGGGCGCCCAUCCUGUGGGUGGAGAGGAAGAUGGCUCUGUGGGCGAUUCAGGUCAUCGUGGCCAUAAUAAGUUUCCUGGAGACGAUGCUGCUCAUUUACCUCAGCUACAAAGGCAACAUCUGGGAGCAGGUCUUCCGCGUCUCCUUCGUGCUGGAGAUGAUCAACACGCUGCCCUUCAUCAUCACGAUAUUCUGGGCGCCACUGCGGAACCUGUUCAUCCCCGUGUUUCUGAACUGCUGGCUGGCCAAGCACGCCCUGGAGAACAUGAUCAACGACUUCCACCGCGCCAUCCUGCGGACGCAGUCGGCCAUGUUCAACCAGGUGCUCAUCCUCUUCUGCACCCUGCUAUGCCUGGUCUUCACGGGGACCUGCGGCAUCCAGCACCUGGAGCGAGCCGGUGAGAACCUGUCCCUCCUGACAUCCUUCUACUUCUGCAUCGUCACCUUCUCCACCGUGGGCUACGGCGAUGUCACGCCCAAGAUCUGGCCGUCCCAGCUGCUGGUGGUCAUCAUGAUCUGUGUGGCCCUUGUGGUGCUCCCGCUGCAGUUUGAGGAGCUCGUCUACCUGUGGAUGGAGCGGCAGAAGUCAGGGGGCAACUACAGCCGCCACCGGGCCCAGACGGAGAAGCACGUGAUCCUGUGCGUCAGCUCGCUCAAGAUCGACCUGCUCAUGGACUUCCUCAACGAGUUCUACGCCCACCCCCGGCUCCAGGACUAUUACGUGGUCAUCCUGUGCCCCACCGAGAUGGACGUCCAGGUCCGCAGGGUCUUGCAGAUCCCACUGUGGUCCCAGCGGGUCAUCUACCUCCAGGGCUCAGCGCUCAAGGACCAGGACCUCAUGCGGGCCAAGAUGGACAACGGGGAGGCCUGCUUCAUCCUCAGCAGCCGGAACGAGGUGGAUCGCACGGCGGCAGACCACCAGACCAUCCUGCGUGCCUGGGCAGUGAAGGACUUUGCCCCCAACUGCCCCCUCUACGUCCAGAUCCUCAAGCCCGAGAACAAGUUUCACGUCAAGUUUGCAGACCACGUGGUGUGUGAGGAGGAGUGCAAGUAUGCCAUGCUGGCCCUGAACUGCAUCUGCCCGGCCACAUCCACCCUCAUCACCCUGCUGGUGCACACGUCCCGCGGCCAGGAAGGCCAGGAGUCGCCGGAGCAGUGGCAGCGCAUGUACGGACGCUGCUCGGGCAACGAGGUGUACCACAUCCGCAUGGGCGACAGCAAGUUCUUCCGCGAGUACGAGGGCAAGAGUUUCACCUACGCCGCCUUCCAUGCGCACAAGAAGUACGGCGUGUGCCUCAUCGGGCUGAAGCGGGAGGAGACGAAGAGCAUCCUGCUGAACCCGGGGCCCCGGCACAUCCUGGCUGCCUCCGACACCUGCUUCUACAUCAACAUCACCAAGGAGGAGAACUCCGCCUUCAUCUUCAAGCAGGAGGAGAAGCAGAAGAGGAAGGGCUUCUCGGGGCAGGGCCUAUACGAGGGGUCCUCCCGCCUGCCCGUGCACAGCAUCAUCGCCUCCAUGGGGACAGUGGCCAUGGACCUCCAGAACACAGAGUGCCGGCCACCACAGAGCAGCAGGGGCAGUGGGGGUGGAAAGCUGGCACUGCCCACAGAGAAUGGCUCGAGUAGCCGGCGGCCCAGCAUCGCACCUGUCCUGGAGCUGGCCGACAGCUCGGCCCUGCUGCCCUGUGACCUGCUGAGUGACCAGUCGGAGGACGAGAUGACGCCGUCAGACGAUGAGGGGCUGUCCGUGGUGGAGUACGUGAAGGGCUACCCCCCCAACUCGCCCUACAUCGGGAGCUCACCCACCCUGUGUCACCUCCUGCCCGUGAAAGCCCCCUUCUGCUGCCUGCGGCUGGACAAGGGCUGCAAGCACAACAGCUACGAGGACGCCAAGGCUUACGGCUUCAAGAACAAGCUCAUCAUCGUCUCGGCGGAGACAGCAGGCAACGGGCUCUACAACUUCAUUGUGCCACUGCGGGCCUACUACCGCUCCCGCAAGGAGCUCAACCCCAUCGUGCUGCUGCUGGACAACAAGCCUGACCACCACUUCCUGGAGGCCAUCUGCUGCUUCCCCAUGGUCUACUACAUGGAGGGCUCCGUGGACAACCUGGACAGCCUGCUGCAGAGCGGCAUCAUCUACGCCGACAACCUGGUGGUGGUGGACAAGGAGAGCACCAUGAGUGCCGAGGAGGACUACAUGGCCGACGCCAAGACCAUCGUCAACGUGCAGACCAUGUUCCGGCUCUUCCCCAGCCUCAGCAUCACCACGGAGCUCACUCACCCGUCCAACAUGCGGUUCAUGCAGUUCCGCGCCAAGGACAGCUACUCUCUGGCUCUUUCUAAAUUGGAAAAGAGGGAGCGGGAGAACGGCUCCAACCUGGCCUUCAUGUUCCGCCUGCCCUUCGCCGCCGGGCGCGUCUUCAGCAUCAGCAUGUUGGACACGUUGCUCUAUCAGUCCUUCGUGAAGGACUACAUGAUCCCCAUCACCAGACUGCUGCUGGGCCUCGACACCACGCCGGGCUCCGGCUACCUGUGUGCAAUGAAAAUCUCCGAGGACGACCUGUGGAUCCGCACGUACGGCCGCCUCUUCCAGAAGCUGUGCUCCUCCAGUGCUGAGAUCCCCAUCGGCAUCUACAGGACCGAGUGCCACGUCUUCUCCACCUCGGAGCCCCACGACCUCAGAGCCCAGUCGCAGGUCUCGGUGAGCGUGGAGGACUGCGAGGACACGCGGGAAGCCAAGGGGCCCUGGGGCGCGCGGGCGGGCCCCGGCGGAGGUAGCGCGCACGGCCGGCACGGGGGCGGCGGCGACCCGGCCGAGCACCCGCUGCUGCGGCGCAAGAGCCUGCAGUGGGCGCGGAGGCUGAGCCGCAAGAGCCCCAAGCCCGCGGGCAAGGCGGAGGCCGCCGAGUGGAUCAGCCAGCAGCGGCUCAGCCUGUACCGGCGCUCCGAGCGGCAGGAGCUCUCCGAGCUGGUCAAGAACCGCAUGAAGCACCUGGGGCUGCCCACCACCGGCUACGAGGAUGUAGCAAAUUUAACAGCCAGUGAUGUCAUGAAUCGGGUAAACCUGGGAUAUUUGCAAGAUGAGAUGAAUGACCACCAGAACACCCUCUCCUAUGUUCUCAUCAACCCCCCACCUGACACGAGGCUGGAGCCCAACGACAUCGUGUAUCUCAUCCGCUCCGACCCCCUGGCCCACGUGGCCAGCAGCUCCCAGAGCCGGAAGAACAGCUGCAGCAACAAGCUGGCCUCCUGCAACCCCGAGACCCGAGACGAGACGCAGCUCUGAGCCAGCCCUGCACGGAGCCCCCACCCUGGAGCAGACCUCGUGCCCGCCCCCGCCGGCAUGCGGCGUGAUGCAUGGAGCCUGCAGGGCCCUCAUGCCAGCCUGGCCCUCCCUGCAGCGCUGGCCCGGCCCCCCCACCCUGGGCAAAGCUGCUCCCGAAACUUGACAGAGAGAGGAGACCGAGCACCACUGGCAGGAAGCCUUUUUUAACCUGUUUUUUACAAAUCUAUACAAUCUAUGUCUCUUUACACAUAUGUACCGCAACUCGUGACCAGGUCUGGCUGAGGUGGAGGGAGGGCUGCAUGGGGAGGGGACAAGCCCUGGGCCAGAGUCCUGGGCCCCAACAUGCACAUGCACACAGACACACCCAGCUCAUGUGGGGAGUGGGGACACAUGGCAUCUGGCGACUCUUGGAGCCCGUGCUUUCACUGCCAUGCCCUCGUGUCUAACUUGAGUCGGGCCGUGCCCACGGCUCUCGUGGGUCCCAGCUGGCCCUGGGCACACAGCUGUGAGCUGUGAGGGGAACCUAUGCUGGUAAGCUCUCCAGAGCCGCACGGCGGGAGAACACCUUCCGGACGGCAAGGCAAGGCCACUCGCUGGGGCCAAGGGCUGGAAGUGUGCCUUGGCAGCCCCGGCCUGUGAGGAGGGCAUGAGGCUGCCACAAGACCCCCGGGGGCCCUGUGACAUGUCAGCAUUCUCACAGCCAGUGACCCUGUGGGAAAGAAUCAGAUGUCAUUUCCUCUGUUUUUACACUGAACUUCUGCAGCCGCGGCAUUGGCGGGGCGUCAGGCAGAGGACGGUGCAUUUCCACGGACCAUUGGACACCCCUUUGACCCCGACCUGAAGCCAGCCCCGAGCUGACGCGCUGGCCCACAUCUCUGGAUCGGAGAUUUGUCUCCUCGGCACAAAAGGGGUUCUGGGAGGCCAGCCAUUCAGACUGCUGCCCUGGUUCCUCUAUGACUGUUUGUGACAGGUUUUGCACAGUCAGCAUUGGGACCUUCUAUUAAAUAGAUGCAUCCUGCAGACAUGAGCAUUGGUUAUAAGGCACCCCCUGUACAGCUUCACACUCCAGGCCUGGGUACACCCCUCCUGUUUGACCCAUUUCAAGGGUUAGAAACACCACCCUCUAACCCCACAUGGGCAAGCCCCUGGUGCGCCGAGAAAAGCCACUGGUUUGGGCACACCUGAUAGCAGGGCCCUCCUGGAAUGGGAAAGCAAGUCCUAGGUGGCCGUCUGGUGAUUGGGUCCUGGUGGCAGGGAAGCAUGGCUGUCGGGGGUCGGGGAGUCCAGGAGGGCUCCCUGGCAAGCUGCCUCAGCCCUGGAGCCCAGACGUGCCCCUGGGGUGGGCAUGGAGACCCCAGGCCCUGCCCAGAGUCAUGCGCACUUGUGUGCGUGCAUGCAACUCCCUGACACCACCAGCUGUCGGGGGCCCUGCAUUAGGGGCAGGGCUGCCCCAGGGGACGUGUGCACCACGCCAGCACAAAGUCUCUCGGGUUCCUUUUGUGGGGGAGCUCUUGAGUACCCCAAGGCUGGAAGGGGAGGGAUCCAUGCAGCUGCCAGGGCAGGGUGGCAUGGGACGACGGCAGCUGGUAGAGGGGCCUCCCUGAGGGAGGGACAUGACCCAGGGGUCCCCCUCUCCUUCCAGCGCCCUGGCCACAGGUCCAGUUUGUCCCCUGACCUGGCCACCUGGGACCCUCCCACUCAGAAAAAGCGUGUCUACAAGCACUUGGUGUGGGGCGUUGGGGACAGGCUAGCCAUGGUGGUCAGGAAGGGGCUGCUGAUCAAAGUGGGGAAACCCCAGGGCCCUUGGAGUGACAGGCUGUCGACGUGGGCCAGGGUGGCCUCUGGGGACCAGGGCCCGUCCCAGUGGGGUGUCAGUGGCUCCCAGGGUCCUGCCAGUGAGGGCCCCUCCUCUGCCAUCACCCCGCAGCAGGGGCAUCUCUCCUCUGCGGGCACCCACACCCCAGCUCCCUGAGGGAGGGGCCCCACCUGCCGCUGGGCCGGGGCUCCAUCUAGGUGGGCUGCAGCCCCUCGAAUCCCAAGCUGGGACGACAGCAUCAGAGAGGCAUCCCGGGACGUCACCUGACUUCAGUUUGGGAUUGACAGGACCGGGGGGUGGGGAGCGAGUUUUGCCUCCAGACGGGACGGAAGAAAGGGGUCUGAGCAAAGGCUGAGGCGCUGAGUGCCGGGGUCAGCGCUACCUUGAACGGGCAAAGAUGAGUCUCAGUGUUUUGUGGCAGAAGUUCUCAGACAGAAAAUUUCAAACAUAUGAAACUUCUAUUUUCUUUAUUCCUAAACUAAUAGAAAACUGUUUGCUCAAAAUA